GUUGAAUUCAUUUUGUCUUUUGUGCCAAGCAGAAGAGUGGAGUCCGAUCGAACAGCGGUGUCUCUUCCCUCUUCCCCGGAUCCUUUUAAAACUCCCUCCCGAACCUCUCCCCUCUUACCCUUUACCACCCUACCCACCCCCUGAACACUCUUCAAGGGACGGUUCGGACAUCCAGCCAGUGACCAAAGACUUUGUUGGCCAGUUUUAAAGCAAGCGUGGAUUCAGCAGCUGCAGCAAUGGACUCAAGUCUGGUCGAAGGAGGACUUAAUGUCACCUUAACUAUCAGGCUACUCAUGCAUGGGAAGGAGGUUGGAAGCAUCAUUGGCAAGAAAGGAGAAUCUGUGAAGAAGAUGAGAGAGGAGAGUGGAGCUCGGAUUAAUAUCUCAGAGGGGAACUGCCCGGAAAGGAUCAUAACCCUCGCAGGACCCACCACCUCCAUUUUUAAAGCCUUCUCCAUGAUCAUUGAGAAACUGGAGGAGGACAUUAGCACCUCAAUGACUAACAGUACGGCCACCAGCAAACCACCGGUCACCAUGCGCCUUGUUGUGCCUGCCAGUCAGUGUGGCUCGCUUAUUGGCAAAGGUGGCUGCAAGAUCAAGGAGAUCAGAGAGUCAGCAGGAGCUCAGGUACAAGUAGCAGGGGACAUGUUGCCCAACUCAACAGAGCGUGCCAUCACCGUUGCAGGGACCCCACAGUCCAUUAUCGAGUGUGUCAAGCAGAUCUGUGUCGUCAUGCUUGAGUCUCCACCAAAGGGAGUGACCAUCCCGUACAGACCCAAACCCUCAGGCUCUCCUGUCAUCUUUGCAGGUGGUCAGGCAUACGCUGUCCAAGGGCAGCACGCCAUUCCACAGCCUGAUGUAAGUGAAGGGCCCUCUGUAAGUGAUCCAAUAUAUUUGCAACUUCGGUCCUGGGAAGCCAUGCCACCUUCUUAUUUCAUCCCUCUGACUUUAUUUAUUUUUUUAACCACCACUGCCUGACGCAUA